AUGUUCUCUAUUAGAUCAUUUGCGCGUUCAGCGCCACGUACUAUCUCGCGAUUAUCAGCCUCAGCAGCCAGACAAUCAUCCAGAAGCUCCCUAUCACAGACAUCAUGGAAACCUGCGAGGACACAAGCGAUGAAAUCCUUCUCUAGCUCAGCACUGAGAAGGGAAAAGUCAGGAGAGGCCGAUGAUGAGUUGAUCAUGAAGCUCGACUCGGAACUACAAAUCGAGAAAGAAAUGAAGGAUAAGGAGGGCGCCCCUGUGAGCGUUAGGGAUUAUAUCCAGAACGGGCCAUUCGAGGUUAUUGACACCCCGGGUCAAGAGGAUGUUGUUCUAACCCGACAAUUUGGUGAUGAGAAAAUCCAUAUCACAUUCUCAAUCGCCGAUAUAAACAACCUCGAGAGCGAGAACGACUAUGCAGACCCAGCUAUGGCAGACGAGGACGCCGGAGAAAAUGGUCAAAAGGAAUAUGAUGGAUCUGAAAAUGGAGCUGAUGGAGAAGGUGUCGAGGGCGCAGAGGGCGAGCGUUCAUAUCCAGCGCGAUUAAAUAUCAUCAUCGAGAAACCAGGAAAGGGAGCCCUCAGCGUUGAGAGCAUUGUCCAGGAUGGAAUGCAUGUCAUCGAAAACGUCUACUACUACGCUGACGCCGCAUUUGCAUAUGCUAAGACCCCUGAGCAAAUCCACGGUCGUCAAGACCUCUACUCCGGACCACCAUUCGCAAAUCUCGAUGAGGAUCUCCAGGUUUUGAUGGAGAGAUACCUAGAUGAGCGGGGAAUCAACACCGCGCUUGCCAUUUUUGUGCCAGAUUAUAUCGACAUGAAGGAGCAGAAGGAGUACCUGAGAUGGUUAGAGAACGUCAAGGGCUUCGUUGAGGCUUAG